UUAGUGUUGCAUUUUGCUACAACAAAACACAAACAAGAAAGAAUGGCGAAGAAAGAGAUGGAUGUUGUAAAAGGUGUAGACUUGAAGAGGUACAUGGGUCGAUGGUACGAAAUAGCUUGUUUCCCAUCGAGGUUUCAACCAAGUGAUGGCGUGAACACAAGAGCCACAUACACUCUCAGAGAGGAUGGAACUGUGAAUGUUCUGAAUGAGACUUGGAGUGGUGGAAAAAGAAGUUACAUUCAGGGUUCUGCUUAUAAAGCUGAUCCCAAUAGCGAUGAGGCUAAACUCAAGGUCAAAUUCUACGUUCCUCCCUUCUUACCUAUCAUUCCUGUUGUUGGUGAUUACUGGAUUUUGCACCUUGAUCAUGAUUAUCAAUAUGCUCUCAUUGGCCAACCUAGCAGAAGUUAUCUUUGGAUAUUAUGCAGGCAGCCCCAUUUGGAUGAAGAAAUCUACAACCAGCUUGUUGAGAAAGGUAAGGAAGAAGGAUAUGAUGUGAGCAAACUGCGCAAGACUCCACAGAGUGACUCUCCACCUGAACAAGAAGGUCCUCAAGACACCAAAGGAAUUUGGUGGAUCAAAUCACUUUUUGGGAAAUAAAUAAGUAUGGUCAUGAACAAUAUUAUGUAAUCAAGCUGAAGAAGUGUGUUAAUUUCAUGUCAUGAAUAAAGGUUUCAAGAACUCUAAUAUGGAUCAAUUUCGUUUGGAUUUCUAUAUAUCAUGUAUUGGUUUUGUAUAUACACUAAAGAUGUCAGCUUUAGCAAAGUUGGUGUUUGAUGCUCAAAUUGUAUGAGUUCUUACAGUUUUGGUGAUAAUUUAGUAUGUGUUACUUUACAGCAAUGUAAUGUUGGUUAUUUUAUCUUUGUU